AUGGCUCCCAUUGGGGCUGCCCUAUGGCGUUCACUGCGCGCUCGCCAGGUGUACGGCGCCAACACCAACGUCGGCAAGACAGUCGUGUCGACGCUGCUCUGCAAGGCUCUGGCGGAGAGAGGCCAGGUAGGAUUCCUGAAGCCUGUUUCCACAGGAGAAUUGGAUGAAGCAGACGAUAGACAUGUGCUACGUUUCGCGGCGGGCAGCAAGAAUAUAUUGACCAAAUGCCUGUAUCAAUUCGACGAGCCUGUCAGCCCACACAUUGCUGCCAAGUCCAAGGCUAUUCCCGCGGACGCGGACAUUCUUUCUUCAAUCCACAGCACGCUCUCCGCCUGGUCUUCAAACGGGGUGAAAAAUGCCCUUGUCGAGACAGCUGGAGGCGUGCACUCGCCCGGCCCCAAUGCAAACAGCCAGGUCGACCUCUAUCGCCCGCUGAGGCUGCCUGUCGUCCUGGUCGCAGACUCGCGACUAGGCGGAAUCUCAUCUUCGAUUUCGGCAUAUGAAUCGCUUCUUCUGCGAGGAUAUGAUGUUCAAUCGGUUUUGCUGUUUGAAGAUGAGUAUUAUCAGAAUCAUGAAUAUCUUCAAUCUUAUUUUGCCAAAAAGGCUGUCCCGUUAUUGGCACUUCCGAAGCCGCCGUCACGGCCAGAAGGUAAAACGGCAGCGGACAUUCAGGCUCGGGAUCACGAGGCCAUGAGUAACUACUACCAGAAGGCCAGCGCGCAGUCCGAUAUUGGGUCACUGCUAGACGAAAUGGAGCAAAAAUCUCGAGAUCAUAUCGGGGCCCUGGAAUCUAUGGCUACACGAGCACAUGGUGCUAUCUGGUACCCAUUCACUCAACACCAGGGGAUGGAGCCCAAGGAUAUAACCGUUAUAGAGUCUGCAUACGGCGAUUUCUUUCAGACUCUUGACACAAAUAGUGCAACAUCGGUACUAAAGCCGACAUUUGACGGGUCCGCUUCGUGGUGGACUCAGGGACUGGGCCACGGUAACCCGGAGCUUGCUCUCACAGCAGCACAUGCUGCUGGGAAGUACGGUCAUGUCAUGUUUGCAGGAGCUGUUCACGAGCCAGCGCUAAACCUCGCCGAGCUUCUCAUAGACAGCCUCGGAAAUAAACGGCUGAGCAAGGUGUUUUAUACGGAUAAUGGAAGUACUGGAAUGGAGGUUGCGGUCAAGAUGGCUCUCAGGGCUGCUUGUGUCCGGCAUGGCUGGCAGUUGUCCCAGAAUGAAGUGAAAAUUCUAGGACUCAAGGGAAGUUAUCAUGGAGAUACGAUUGGUGUGAUGGACUGCUCGGAACCGUCCACGUUUAACCAAAAAGUUGAGUGGUAUCGAGGGAGAGGACACUGGUUUGAUUUCCCCACAGUGGGAAUGAGAAACGGCUCUUGGCAGGUUACUGUGCCCGAAGAACUGAGAGAGGAGCUGGGUGACGGCGAGAUUUUCGAGUCCUUGGACGAUAUCUUCGAUUUGGAAAGCAGAGCCCAGUCACCAGCGGGACAAAGAUAUAGUUAUUAUAUCAAGGAGACCUUGGAAGACUUGGUUUAUAACCGAGGGGUUAAAUUUGGCGCGUUGAUUAUGGAGCCUGUGUUAUUGGGCGCUGGAGGGAUGCUUUUUGCAGACCCCUUAUUCCAAUACAGCCUGGCCAGCGUUGUCCGCUCGAACCCGCGUCUCUUUGGCUCUGGCCCGCCGCCCAAAGACAGCACCGGCUGGUCUGGACUACCCAUUGUCUUUGAUGAAGUGUUCACCGGGCUGUACCGUCUCGGCCGGCGCACAGCUGCUUCUUUCCUGGGCGUCGAUGCCGAUAUUUCCGUGCAUGCUAAACUGCUCACCGGUGGCCUCAUCCCGCUGGCCGUGACUCUGGCCAGCAAUGAUAUAUUCGACUCCUUUUCCAGCCCCGAAAAGAGCGACGCUCUUCUACAUGGCCACAGCUACACCGCGCAUGCGGUGGGCUGCCAAGUCGCCGUGACGUCGGUCAAGGAGAUGAUCGAUAUGGAGCAACGAGGGCACUGGGCUGGGUUCAGAGCUGCUUGGGAACCGGCAUCUGGCGGGGAGCAACAAAAGAAUAUAUGGAGUUAUUGGUCCGCCGGCCUUUUGAACGACCUGAGUCGGGCAGAGUCCGUCGAGAGCGUGUUUGCUAUCGGAAGCGUAUUUAGCGUCACGCUGCGUGAUCAAGCUGGACAGGGAGGAUAUACGUCUACAGCAGCAAAAGGACUGCAACAGAGCCUCGCGCUGGGCGAGGUUGAUAGCGACCGGCCUGCUUUCAACGUGCACUCUCGAACUGAGGGUAAGACUGUUUCAGUACCGCCAACACCGCCAGUGGAGGAUUCUUUGUUGUUGAUAACCGCCUAUGUUACCACCCCUUUAAAAAAAGUCUCAACGCUCUCGAAACAUCACAUCCCACAUGGCUACAUAAAUAGCAACCCAUCCUCACUACGCCAAUACAUUCUCAGUUUCAUCAUGAAAAUAAAGCCUUACGAAGACCGUGUCGAUGACGUCGACAAACCCACUGAUACUAGCAGCAAUGGCCUCGAAGUUGCCCGCGACAUCGAGCGCCAGGAUGCCAUGAUCAAUGACUUGAUUCAGCUGACUCGUCUGCAGAACACCGAGAUUAACAAUCUUCGACAAGAGGUGCGACGCAUUUCUGCUUCUGCCACAGCUGCAGCUGAGAAGGAAGAUGGAUUGCGUGCCGAAAUGGAAGAAUUGAAGCGGGAGGUGUCUGCUCUCGGGGCUGAACAGCAAGAAGCAAAGCAUCAUCAGAAACAAGGGGAGAAUAGUGGCGAGGUUUCACCCAGACUGACCAGAAAGGCUCACGUUGCAAUUCGUGAUUCUCAGACGGUCAAGGACAGGAUUAUCGCUGCUGUCAAGGAGGACGUCACAGCACAGACGCUCGAGCUCGAGCAUAAACAGGGCACAGACAUGCUCGCCGCUAAGAGUCAAAUCCACGGACUGGAAAUGAUUAUGAGCUCGGUGCUGUCUGGAAUUGGGUGUUUGUAUGAAGCCCUUGUACCGCCGUCAGAAACUCGCGACCAGGUGACUUCUAUCAAACACUACUACCUCGACCUUGAACAGAAAAAGGUCGACGUGAUAGAGAAACUUGACCAAGAUUCUGAUCUACCUUCAAUCUCAAAGCAGCAGAUUUUGCUGCAGCAUCAAUUCUCUGCGCUGUCCAAGGCUUUGAAUCAGCGGAAACAGCAAAGUCGUGAUUUGGAAACGAAUCAAGGAAAUACCGACAUGCAGAAGCAGAUCCUCAAACUGUCCAAGACUGUCGAGAGUCAGUUUCAAGUAAUCAGCAAUCACAACCUGUCUAUUGGUUCGCAAAGCGAAGAAAUUGGCAAGAUCCAAAACUGCCUGUCCAGUCUCCAAUCCGUGCUUGAAUUGCUUGAAAAGGUGAAACCCGAGUGCGACAGAAUGAGACUGCGAGUGCUAGACCUCGAGGAUAAAGUUUCACGUCCUCAUUCUUCGGCUUGGAGCAGCAGCGGCAGAAGUACUCUAUAUAUGCCAUACGAAGACAGCGUGGAAAAAACCACGGAAUUGUCCACAAGAAUCGAAUCGCAAGAACAAGCCCUUCAUGAACUAGGCCAACGGGUUCUUGUCGUCGAAACCAUGGGGAAAAAACACAAGAACUCGCUGUUCUCCGAUGGCAGGGACUUGACCAUUCUUCAAAAGCGAUUGAGCUACGCUGAAAAGCUAAUUGGAGGCACUUACUCAGCCCAUUACUUUAGCAUACGAGGCCGAUCGUUCUACCAAGACGCGACAUCGCUACGGUUUAUCCCCACGGACAGGAUUGCUCGUGAUAGGUUCUCCAAGUUUUACGGAAAUCGAGCCGAGGUUGCGCCCUUUGUCGACAUUGCGCCGCCAGUGGUGAUGCUGGCAUUUUAUGCGAUUGCUCGUGUUCGUUGCAACUAUGAGAUAUGGGAGGACAAGCUAGAUUUGAAGCAGGAAAUCCGGCGUGUGGCAGAGGAUAUCAUAGACAGCUGGGUGAAGGCGCUUCCCCUCCGCGAGGGAGACAAGCACAUGCCCUGCCAUGAUCGGGCUUUGCUUGAGGAUGGGAACCACUUGAAACUGCUGUGUCGACGCGCCAAUAUGGACAUUGAUGGAGACCAAUGA